AGUGUCGCAUAAAUAAAUAAAUAAAAAGCUUCACCCUCUCACGCCAGUCUUUCCCGCCACUACAAUCCUUGACGCCUCUCUCUCCGGAAGAAUCAAAAGAAAGAUGUUGUGGGUUGACAAGUACAGACCCAAAACCCUAGACCAGGUCAUCGUUCAUCAAGAAAUCGCCGAAAACCUCAAGAAACUGGUCACUGAACAAGACUGUCCACAUUUGCUCUUCUAUGGGCCCUCUGGUUCUGGCAAGAAAACCCUAAUCAUGGCCCUUCUCCGCCAGAUCUUUGGCACCAGUGCCGAGAAGGUGAAGGUGGAAAAUAGGACAUGGAAAAUCGAUGCUGGAAGUAGAACUAUUGAUCUAGAGCUGACCACAUUGUCAAGCACAAAUCAUGUGGAGCUGAGCCCUAGUGAUGUAGGAUUCCAGGACAGAUAUAUAGUUCAGGAGAUAAUUAAAGAGAUGGCUAAGAAUAGGCCAAUCGAUACAAAAGGAAAAAAAGGAUAUAAGGUACUAGUGCUCAAUGAGGUUGACAAGCUUUCAAGAGAAGCACAGCAUUCUCUUCGUAGAACAAUGGAAAAAUACAGUGCCUCCUGCCGUCUAAUUCUUUGCUGCAACAGUUCUUCGAAGGUUACUGAAGCAAUUAGGUCUCGCUGUUUGAAUGUGAGAAUAAAUGCACCUAAGGAGGAACAGAUUGUUAAGGUAUUGGAAUUUAUUGGAAAGAAAGAAGGACUACAGCUUCCACCUGGAUUUGCUGCUCGUAUAGCAGAUAAAUCAAAUAGGAGUUUGAGAAGAGCUAUACUUUCAUUUGAGACUUGCCGUGUUCAACAAUAUCCGUUUUCAAGUAAUCAAGCAAUUCCUCCAAUGGACUGGGAGGAGUAUGUUUCUGAAAUAUGUUCAGACAUUAUGAGGGAGCAGAGCCCUAAAAGGCUGUUUCAGGUUCGAGGGAAGUUGUAUGAACUGCUUAUUAACUGUAUUCCUCCAGAAAUUAUUCUGAAGAAGCUACUUUCAGAAUUAUUGAAGAAAUUGGAUGAGGAAUUAAAGCAUGAAGUCUGCCAUUGGGCUGCAUAUUAUGAGCAUAGGAUGCGUAUGGGACAGAAAGCCAUAUUUCACCUUGAAGCGUUUGUGGCCAAGUUCAUGAGCAUCUAUAAGGCUUUCCUCAUUGCUACAUUUGGCUGAAGAAGGUUGCAACAUCUUAGCGCGCAUGGUUUAAAGGCGUAGGGAGGAGGAGGAGGGAGCAACUCUACUCCUGUGGAGACGUUUUCUCGCAGUGUCUUCUAGUAGCUGAGUUUGUAGUCGUAUUUAUGAUCUAUGAAAAAUGCUAAGAUUGCUGGCACUGUUACAUAUAAUCAAUGUGAUUGCAAAUCUUGGUUAGCGGUUC